UAUAACCCGAUGUGGGCAAAUUAUUUAGAUAAAUAAGGAAAAUAAAUACAGGAAUAAGGAACAGCAAUUUUUCCUUCAUUAUUCCUUUUGUAUUUCACCAUUGUUAUUACUAUUUUAUUAAUAGCAUUAUUCUCUUCAAUAUUUUAUUGUUAUAUCAUGCCAUUUUACUCAACAAGAUAAGUUUGUUACCGACUGAAACGAAAACAUACCGACAGGCGUCUAGUGUACGCACACUCCAAGGAAGAUACCUAACCUAUUCUGCCCAUGUUGUGUCACGUGCGUGAACGUGUCACAAUAGCGAGUUUAACACCUCGGUAGUAUUACAUUUAUUUAUAAAAAGGAAAAAAGAAGAAACCUACAGCACCUUAAGAAUCUUGUGACAACCGAUGUGUCAUAAUUUUCUCAUAAAAAUCAAGACUCUAAAAUGUCGCGAAUAACUGACGCCAGAGAAGUGAUCCUGACGAGCGAUAGCACCGGGGAAAGCUGGAGCGCCGCGGUGUGGGAUCCCCGGAACGGCAAUCUGUUAUCCGCGUUCAAGAACGCGGGAGCUCUGGGCCAUCGCACUCUUCAGCUUGCCGGCGACAGCUACGCGCUGGGCGCCAACGCUACGAAGUCCCGUCUUCACGUUUGGCCGCUGAACAACCCGUUGCCCGUGAGCAACGUUUGGUUGACCACGCCGGGCAAGGUGAGCGCUCUUACGUGCACGCCGAAUGGCUCCUACAUAAUCGCGGCGAUAACGGAGAAACUGCUCAUCUGGCAAACCUGCAACGGCAGGAUACUCGCUACCCUGAGCAGGCACUAUCAGCCCAUCACGUGCGCGUCCAUCACCAAGGACGGUUCGCUGUUCGCUAGCGCUGGCGAGGACGGCCUGGUGCUCGUGUGGUCACUCUACAGCGCGCUGAACGACGAGCGCUGCACUCCCGUUCACGUGUUUUCCGAUCACAAUCUGCCGGUCGGAGAGCUGCACUUUGGCCAUGGCGGUGCCCGCGCGAGAUUGUACACGAUCUCUCUGGACCGAAAAGCGAACGUCUACGAGCUCGGCAGCGGAAAUCUGUUGGUCUCGUUAAUAUUUAACGUGCCGCUCACCGCGCUUGCCGUCAACAUCCGCGAGAGCGAACUCUUCGUAGGCUGCACUACCGGCGAUAUAUUGCAGUGCAAUUUGCACGAACCUCCACGAACAGUCGAGCUUCAUGUGGCGAUAGGCUCAAAUGAAGAUGAUAGCAGCGUUGUAUUCAGAGCCCAUAAGUCGAACGUGACAGCCUUAUCGGUGUCCGUGGACUGUCGCGUUCUUCUUUCCGGAUCCAUCGACAAGGCCGUUCACAUAUGGGACAUCGCCAGCAAGCAGGUGCUCAGAACGAUCGAGCACAAAGGACCAGUCACGGCAGCGUUCUUUGCGAUGGGAUUCGAAAACUUUCGCGCUCCCGUUCUCAAACCGCGGUUGGAAGUGUGCAGUUUCCAGACCGAGGAAGACAAUGUCGAGGAGAGGGCCAUCAAAAUAAUAUCCAGAGGACGAAAUCCGGCGGAGAUCCUGGACUUCGAAUCCUACGUUGGUAAUAAUACCGGCUCCCAGGAAUCGGCGGACACGAGGAAGCUGGAGACCAUGCAGGAAGAAAUUGAGAGAUUAAAGAAGAUCAAUAGUUCCUUAUAUCAGUAUAGCGUCACACAUAUCUUGAACAAGAUAAAGGAUGGGCAAUAGAGGAUAUUGACGAUGUAAUCGGGAUUUUAUAUUUCGUUCAUGAUGAAAGACUGAGACUAAUAAUAUAUAUAUAAUAUUCAAAUAUUCAUGGAUCCAUUGUACAAGAUCUUAUAUGAUGGAUAUGAUUACGUAUAAGAUUCUAUUCUAAAGGGAUUGAAAGUUAAUAUCGCAAGAUAUAUUACGUUUUCGUUAUCUGCAAAGGGUCGUUAAUUACCUUCGCUAAUUAGGAUGUUAGAUCAGAAACUAAUUUCUUUAGCGGAUAAUACUUCAUUGCCGAAUCAAAAAGUAACAUGCGACAUCUUUUACCGAAUCCCAAUAAUCCCAUAAAUAACAUACUUCCUAUCGCGAAAAAUUGUGAAUAAAUAAACGUGAAUAAUAAAUGAAUAAAUGCAAUUAUCUUAAAUUCAUAUUUCCGCCGGAUAAAUAUUAAAAAUGGCAUAAAUAUAACAUGAUCCAGAGUGGUUUUACUUUUUUUGAAUAUUAAAUUACGCGUUACUUUGUUUUAGCGAUAACGAAACGGUUGCGUAUGUAAUAUUAUCCUAUUUGCAUCGGCAGAAAUCUUUCGAACGUUCAAUAUCGAAAACUUUCUUUGCUCGUGUUAAAUUCAAAGACGUGCACGCUUCGUUCGCUACGAUUAAUUAGACGGUACCGGCGUUAAACGUUAAAUAUGGUCUUCGUCGGCGCUCCUUUAUAUUUAAAUGAGCCUGUGCGCGCAUACAAAUGAAAUGCUCACGAGCCGUAUACUGUAUCCAUCGCGGAUAAAUUAAUCGCAUCGCAAAAGGCUCGCAUGCACGUUGUCCCCUUCGAGCGAGUCAAUGAGCCACCAGUUCAUCUAAUUUUCAUCUGCUUACAGUUGAUGCAUCGUGAACAUCCGCGGUACAAGUUUCAACUCUAUAUCGAUCGGUCCGCUCUUUUCAUGUAUUUUUCCCGCAUUCGGGAAUACCCGAUGAAAGAAACAUCGUGAAGUCACAUUGGUGCAUACGGAUUUUAGUCCCACUUUACUUUUCAUUCCUUUUUCCUUUCCUUCCGCAAAUAAAUAUACCAUCCCGCCUACCAAGAUCCACUCUAGACAUAAAAAUGUCAUUCUGCUUGAACCUUUUAAAAUAUUUCUUCAUGAUGACACACUUAAAAAGAAAGUACUACUAUACAUAUUGCCGUGUUUACGCGUUGCGGCACGUGUCAACUCUGGGAAGAGACGCAAAUUACGACAGAAUUACGUUGUACAGGCACUCUCGUUUCUACUCUUUGAAACUGAAAGGCAAGUUGUCUGUGUAUGUAAACUAGAGCCUGGUCCAUUUAUUGUUUGAAAAAAAAAAAAAAA